UGUGAAAUAUUGUGAGCAGCGAGCGCCGCAAUGCUCAAUCACAAUGUCUCCGUUGGUAUGCAAAACUUUUUACAUUGACCGUCCGAUCGAUUGCCACGUCAUCGAUCCGUGUGAACUCAUGUAUCGACGGCUCAGAUGAGUGCUGCAGAGCAACUGGGAGAACGAGGCGAAGAGCAUGCUAACAUCACUGUCUUCGCUAUUCUCCGUGCUCGAUUUUCGAUCGAUUUUUUCCCCGUUUUCGGAAUCUGGAGGAGAAAGUGCUGCGUCAUUUGGAUUCGAAGAUGAAGGCCACCGACGAAUUGAAGGAGCAGAUUGAGGAAAACGAGGUCACGGUUUUGAGUGAAGACGACGAUGAAUAUGAAUCCGAGGAUGAAGUAGAAGAUGGAGAAGAUGAUGAAGACGACGACGAGGACGAAGACGAAGACGACGAAGACGACGACGACGAUGAAGACGAGGAUGAUGCUCCUGCCGGCGGUGACGACGAAGAUGAGGACGAGGACGAAGAAGAGCAAGGAGGUGAUGGUGAGCGCGGUGGUGAUCCUGACGACGAUGAUAACGACGAUGACGACGACGACGACGAAGAGGAGGAGGAGGAGGAGGAGCACGACGAAGAGGAUUUGGGAACAGAAUACCUUGUGCGCCCUUUAGGCACUGCUGAGGAGGAGGAAGCAUCGAGUGAUUUUGAACCGGAGGAGAAUGGUGAGGAGGAAGAUGAAGGUGAAGAUGAUGAGGAUGAUGAUAAGGCUGAGGUUCCACCUAAACGAAAGAGGUCAGAUAAAGAUGAUUCAGAUGAUGAUGAUGGAGGAGAAGACGAUGAGAGACCCUCUAAGCGAUAGAAUUAUGAAUUGAUCCAUUCUUUGGUUGGGGAUCUAUCUACUCAACCAUAGGUCAAAAUCUCACUCUAUGUCCUUAAACAAAUUUCACAGAAAGGAUAAUUAGGUUCGUGGAAUUGUUUCUUGCUCUGUUGUAUUUAUAUUUAUAUUUAUAUUUAUGGUGAAGUGUUAUUAGGUUUGCUAGUUUUGUCAGGUCGGUGCAUAGUCAACAGUGGAUUAUUAAAACAUGUGGUAGAACAAAUUUUGCACUCUUGAAUUUUAUCUUCUAAGUACUUUCUAGGUCGGAAGAU